AUGGUUGUCUUCAGCAAAAUCACCGUUGCCCUAGCUGGCCUGGCCUCUGUCUCCUCUGCCAUCCCCACUGGCGGCAAGAAGAGUACUUUCAGUGUCAAUCAGGUUGCCAUCCCAGCUACCAAGACCAAGAACUUCGCCAACAACUACGCUCGGGCGCUCGCUAAGUAUGGUGCCAACGUGCCUUCUCACGUUGAGGCUGCGGCUCAGCAGAGCGGCUCUGCUACCACUGUCCCCGAGUCCGACGACGAGGAGUACCUCACUCCCGUUAAUGUCGGUGGUACAACCCUGAACCUGGACUUCGACACCGGCUCCGCUGAUCUUUGGGUGUUCUCCUCAGAGCUUCCUUCUUCUGAUCAAUCUGGCCAUGCCCUCUACAAGCCUAGCAACGGUACCAAGCUGUCUGGCUACACCUGGUCCAUCUCUUACGGCGAUGGCAGCUCCGCUAGUGGUGACGUCUACAAGGACACCGUAUCCGUCGGUACUGUCACGGCCACCGGCCAGGCUGUCGAGGCUGCUUCCAAGAUCAGUGCCCAGUUCACUCAGGACCAGAACAACGACGGUCUGCUGGGUCUUGCUUUCAGCUCCAUCAACACUGUGAAGCCCAAGUCCCAGACUACCUUCUUCGACACCGUGAAGUCUACUCUUGCAUCUCCCCUCUUCGCUGUGUCUCUGAAGCACAAUGCCCCAGGAUCCUACGACUUCGGCUUUGUUGACAGCUCCAAGUAUACUGGCUCUCUGACCUACGCUGAUGUUGACAGCUCUCAGGGCUUCUGGGAGUUUACCGCGGACAGCUACAAGGUCGGCACUCAGUCCGGGGGCUCUAUCAAGGGUAUUGCCGACACUGGCACCACUCUCCUCCUGCUCGAUGAUGACGUUGUCUCUGCCUACUACAAGCAGGUUAGCGGCGCCAAGGAGAGCUCUUCUGCUGGUGGCUACACCUUUGACUGCUCUGCUACCCUGCCUGACUUCACUGUCACUAUCUCCGGAUACGAUGCUGUUGUCCCCGGUAGCCUGAUCAACUAUGCUCCCGCCUCCGAGGGCUCGUCUACCUGCCUUGGCGGUAUCCAGAGCAACUCUGGAAUUGGUUUGUCUAUCUUUGGUGAUAUCUUCCUGAAGAGCCAGUAUGUUGUCUUUGACUCCAAUGGUCCUCGUCUGGGCUUCGCCGCUCAGUCUUCUUAA